UACCACGAGAGACAUAGUUGCUCCAUUUUUUUCGCCGCUCGUUCCUUCUGGUCGAAGCAGAGCUCUCUUUUACAGGGCCGAACAGCCAUAAGCGACCUUCUAAGGUCGAGGAUUCCUAAACUUCUUCCCUAAGAAUCUGGCAAUUUACAUGAACAAAUGGCCUCUGAAUCGAAUCCGAAUAAGACUCCGACUCCCAAAGUCGAUCCAUGCAAAACCCUAGGUCGCAAGCUCCUCAUCAACCAUUCCGAGUUUGUAAGACUCAUCAUCUCCUCUCUUCACUCCCUCGGCUGCCGCAGGGCCGCCUCAUCGCUAGAGCGCGAGUCUGGGAUUCCUCUUGACUGUCCGGAGUACACCGCUAUUUCUUUCCACGUCCUUUCUGGAAGAUGGAACGACUGCAUUUUUGAUAUCAACUCUAUCAGCGAUCUUGAUGGCAGGAUCCGAUCCGACGCAGCUUUUCUUGUUUGGCGCGAGCACUUCCUGGAGCUCCUCGGCUCCGGCGACGGUUUGUUGCCGGCUAUUGAUGUUCUACGGAAGCGUAUCUCUCCGUUGGAGUUGGGGAGAAGGAGGGUCCAUGGGCUGGUGCGUGCAAUGGUUUCGCUGGAAGGCGUGGUGACUGCGGAGAACAUGGUUCGGAGGAGAAUUGGGUUGCUACUGGAUCUGGCGGAGGUGCUGCCUCCUUGGGUUCGGAUUCCCUGUGGGAGGCUAGAGCAUUUGGUGGAAACGGCAUUGACAAAGCAGAUAGAGUCUUGCAUGUAUCAUAAUUCGCCAGAUGAGGCCUGCUUGUACGAGGAUCAUGAAUGCAGCCGGGACAAUAUUCCUUGUAAGUGCAGCCAG